CCGUUGACAGCUCUCCUGCAAAGUAAGAUUGUGUAACCUUUUUGUUAUCUAAUAAGUAAUGGCGAGGCUCUGAACCCAGUGGCUCUUUCCUCCGCUGUGCAUUUGAGUCGUCGCCUCUAGCGCUGUGGGUAAAAGGCCCUUGCAGCCCGGCUGUGUGAGAUGGACGGUGGAGAAGAGGUGCGAGUGGAAGCUGCCCCGUACUGCUGCUCCAGCUGUGACGGAGGGGAGGUGAAGGCACGCAGCCUGGCGCGGCGCAGCAACAAGAAGACCCGCAGCCUGAGCACAUCCUCCGCCAGCAGCUCCUCUGACUACAGCAGGAGGAAUCAGUCCCUUCAUGGACCAAGCCCUGUGACCACAUUCGGCCCCAAGGCCUGCAUGCUCCAGAAUCCUCACACAGUAAUGCACAUUCAGGACCCCGCCAGCCAGAAACUGACAUGGAACAAGCCGCCAAAAAGUGUCCUUGUCAUCAAGAAGAUAAGAGAUGCCAGUCUGCUUCAGCCUUUCAAGGAGCUCUGCAUAUUCCUCACCGAGGUGAAGGACAUGAUUGUUUAUGUGGAAAAGAAAGUUCUGGAGGAUCCCGCCAUAUCAGACGAUGAAAACUUUGGGGCCAUUAUUAAGAAAUUCUGCACUUUCAGAGACGAUCUCGAUGACAUCUCCAAUCGCGUGGACUUCAUCAUCUGUCUUGGUGGAGACGGAACUUUGCUGUAUGCCUCUUCCCUUUUUCAGGAAAGUGUUCCACCAGUUAUGGCCUUCCACCUGGGCUCCCUGGGUUUCCUGACACCGUUUAAAUUUGACACCUACCAGUCUCAGGUCGACCAAGUUAUCGAAGGUAAUGCUGCCAUCGUCCUGCGCAGUCGCUUGAAAGUCCGGGUGCUUAAAGAGAACUGGGAGAAGAAGGCGAGAUUGGACGAGAAGGGCAUCAUCCUGACCAAUGGGGACUCGGAGAGCAGCCGGAAAAGCGUGCAGUAUCAGGUGCUGAACGAGGUGGUGGUGGACAGAGGGCCGUCCUCAUACCUCUCCAACGUGGACCUCUUCCUGGACGGACACCUCAUCACCACAGUGCAGUCCUCAGGUGUGAUAGUGUCCACCCCCACAGGAAGUACAGCGUACGCAGUGGCAGCAGGAGCAUCCAUGAUCCAUCCCAACGUCCCGGCCAUCAUGAUCACCCCCAUCUGCCCCCACUCCCUCUCCUUCAGACCCAUCGUGGUGCCUGCCGGGGUGGAACUCAAGAUAAUGCUGUCACGCGAUGCCAGAAACACAGCCUGGGUGUCAUUUGACGGACGGAAGAGACAAGAGAUCUGUCACGGAGACAGUAUUACCAUCACCACUUCCUGCUUCCCCGUUCCCUCCAUCUGUUUCCGGGACCCGGUCAAUGAUUGGUUCGAGAGCCUGGCCCAGUGUUUGCACUGGAACGUAAGGAAGAAGCAGAACUACCUCAGCUCGGAGGACGAAGAGUCCUGAGGCACGAGGCGUCCUCAAGGUCUUCCUCAGUGUCAAGGAGCCCUCAGUGUCGGUUAUUAGCUCGACCUCGCUCUGUGCCCUUUUCUUUUCUUUUUUUUAUGGAUUGAAGGGCUCUCCAAACUCCCUUCAAACAGUCUAUCGAAAUGAUGUUGCUCUUAAUCUUGUAGACCUUUCUACUUCGUUAUAUACAGUCGCAGUAUUUUGACACGGGAAGUCUUAUGCUCAAGGUUUCCAUGUUCUCCCUCCAUCCACGCCUGCCUGUAUUUGGUGAACGUAGGAUGUGCAUGAACAAAUAGAUCCUCAGCACAGGACCCCCGCAGUGUGGGACACUCUAUUUCAGUGCAGCAUUUAUUUUUCCAAAAGCCUUUUUUCAAAUGUCUGGGUUUUUUUAUGUGACAGUGGAGCUCAGCCAAUCCUCCUUAAGGAAUUAAAGCUACCAAAUGUAACCAGCUAGCUCCUGUUAGUUAGCAGCAAUAAUGUCAAAGGCAUGUUAAAUGAACACAGAAAAUAACCUCAACAGCCUACAAAUUCUUCUAGCUAAGUCACUAGGCUGGCUAGCAAUUGUUGUUAAUCACUCAGCAUCAAAGUAAAAAUUCCAUUGCUAAUGGCAGCAGCUAACUGGCUUACUUAAAUAACUCUGUGACGAGAAGUUUGUUUUCUUUUAGCCAACAGGAGCUGGCAUAAUGAGUCCUCCAAGCGGCUGGAUGCAUGUGAUUGACAGCUACACCCUAAAUAGUAACAUUUUAAAAACUACAAUAACAGACUCUGGAAAAAGGGAAUUUAGAAAUAAAACAAUCUAUAAUAAAAAAAAAAUACAUACAAUUAAAAGAUAUGAAAUAAAAUUAGGAGAAAAUUAAUUGCAUUUAAAUUACUCCUGAAAAUAUAUUUCACAAUGUAUUGGACCAUUGCUCCACUGAGAUUAAAUGUGCAUACGCCUUAAACACUCUACUCAGAGAACCAGGCUCACAGAAGUAACCUCCCUGAGCUUGUAUGUUAGCAGUAUGUAGCAUAUUUAUGAGUCUGUAGAAUACUUUACAUACUUUCAUAUAUGAGGUCAUUUUCUGAUAUGAGAGCACAUUAAAUCGAUGGACUUUUGAAUGGAGUUUGGCCCCGCUGUCUGUCCAGGAUUGUUCCAACGUGUUUCCAUCUGUAUGCUGUGCAAACUGGCCUUUUGGAAAUCAAAAAGCAGUUUGUAUAUCUUGGGCCAUGUAGAUUUUUAAAUUGAAAUAAGAUGUAAAAGCAACUUUGGGAUGACCUUGGACUGAAACUCUGAAGGUCAGUUGUUGAAGAGAGUUAUUGCAAUACUGUUGUUGGUCUGUCUUAGCACUUUUUAGUCUUGAAGAGGGACGGCAGGGACACAUUACUUUAUAAACAAAGAAGCUAGUGCUCUCAGUACAAAUUAAGGAUCAGUCACAGCUCUCAAAAAAGAAAGAAAUGUUGAGUCAAACUUUCACAAUAUCUGUUUAUCCAAUCAGGAUGAAAUGCCAAGACAAACGUUGUCUUACACUAUAUUUCGGUGCAUCCUGGGAAACAGAUUUACGUACAUAUUGGGCAAAACUGGCCCAGGUGUACGGACUGUGCCUUAAACACUGGUAUCAUUGCUGUACAGAUAUCUUCUAAUUAUCCAAGGUUUACAUCAGGGUGAUGAUGUAAUCACACACGUGCACGGAUGGGAUUUGUGCAUUUUCAUUGAAACUACAGGUUGUCUUUGUUGUCUGCAGCGCAUUGACGGUUCUAAAGUGUGUGUGUGUCCCACAGUCAUGCAGUCAAUGCGCUGGCUGACGUGGGAAAAUACGAGGUGAUAGUCAUUCCAGGCAAACAGACCACAGCUCCCAUGUCUUCAGUGUCUUUCUAACGCCUGGUUUUUAAAAUGACGUCUAAGCCAUAGCUGAUCUCUGUAGGUUUUAUAGACUGUGGGCUCUGGGGGGGUUUUAAUGGUCUGUGUGUGUGUUGAGGAAUUCCAAUUUCAGAUUUUUGGGUCAGUUUGUCUGCUGCUGCGCCGUCUUUGAGGUGGCCUACCUUACAUAUCUGUUCCCAUAAGAUGUCAGAGUGUAAAUUGGCUCAACAGACAGUGGUGUCAUCUGGUGUAACUCAAGGGGACCAACCGAGCUCUAAAAGGCAAUCAUUCCUAACUGUGUAAAUACAUGACGCUUGAAUAAGAUGUAUUUUGUAAAGUCUUUAUGUUUAUUAACCCGUUUACAAUGUGUCAUUGCUGAAAAUAAAUCUAUUUGCUACUUUUUUACACUAACACGUUCCUCAGUAGUUUUUUUUGUGGACAUUUUUUAGCAGUUUUGAUUUUCCAAAUUUUAACUAGCUUGUGAUUGGUCAGAUGUACUUGUAGAUUCAAAAGGAGCCAAAGCUUAUUAAAAAAAUGUAGUCUUAAUUUUUUAGAUAUAAUUAUUAAAUCCACAUCUCUCAACACAUUAUGCUAACGGGUCAUUUCCAAUGUCGGGCUGUUAAUUCCCUCCCAACCCGAGUUGUGCAAAAAGUGACAUCUCUUUUCUACGAAUCAUUUUCUCUCUUCUCUCAUUUUGUAACUCAGACUUUUGUAUUGUUAAUUUUCUUAAUGUUUCUAAAAUGAAUCCUGCUACUUCUUUUUCCAGAGCACUUUAAUAAACGGAGAGAAAGUUA